CAAAGUAUAUUUUAUUGACGGUGCUGGAAUGCAAGAAAUAAGAGUGAAAACACUAUUUUGGACAUCAAUCCUCAUAUCCUAGUGUUAAAGGACAUCACGUUUUUUUUGUCCAUCUCAUUUUCUUAUAAUCCAUGUUAAACCAAAAAUUAACUAAUAAUACGAUAUGGAAAGGGAAUAAUAAAUGCAAAUAAUUGGCAUCAUCGCAUCAACGUCAGUGCUUAUCAUCCACCCAACGCAACCCAACCCAACCCAUUUCUGUGAAGGGCAGGAGCACCUUCUCUAGUACACUUUGUUUCCAUGGCUACCACAGUUUCCGAAUCCAAUUUCGCCUCUGUUCCGCUCCUCCUCUGUUUCCUUGCCUUCUCUGCGUCGCAUUUCCCCGUUCUGUGCAUUAACGUCACCAAUCUUUUGUCUUCUUACCCUGACUUCAGCGACUUCGCUAACCUCAUCACAACCACCGCCGUGGCCGCAGAUCUCUCCGGCCGUACUUCAAUCACUCUCCUCGCUGUACCCAACACCAUCCUCCGCAACUCCGAUCUCCUCAAUCCCCCCAAUUCAUCCCCAUCUUCCAUUUACGCCGGCGACGUAAUUCGCUACCACAUCCUCCUUGAGUACCUCUCCUUGUCGGACCUCCGACGGAACCCACCCGGUGUGAGAACUGUGACCACUCUGUUUCAGGCCACGGGCCGGGCAUCUGGCAUUUUCGGGUCUGUCAAUAUCACUCGGAAUCCGGACUCCGGCGCUGUCACCGUCGUCUCCCCCGUAUCCAACGCCACUGUAUUAUCUCAAAUCAAGGCCGUGCCGUACAAUGUCUCUAUUUUCUCGGUGAAUUCUCUUCUGGUGCCUGAUGGAUUCGAUCUCAUGACGUCCGACGGUAGGCCACCUCCGGGCCUGAACAUCACCAAGGCCCUAAUCGACGCCGAUGACUUCAAUGUCGUGGCGUCGAUGCUCAUCGCAUCCGGCGUUGAAGGUGAAUUCGAACGGCACGAAGGCGGAGCCGGGCUGACACUGUUCAUGCCGACGGAUCAGGCAUUCUCAGAUCUGCCGGCGUCUGUUAGAUUCCAAUCAUUACCGGCGGAGGAGAAAGCCGAUAUCCUCAGAUUUCACGUUCUCACCUCGUAUUACCCGCUAGGUUCGCUUGAAGGUAUUGUGAACCCGAUUGAGCCCACACUGCUGACAGAGCAGAAAGGAGCCGAGAGGUUCACCUUAAACAUCUCCAGGCUCAACGGAUCUGUGGCGAUCGACACCGGCGUGGUACAGGCGUUGGUGAUACGGACGGUGAUCGAUCAGAACCCGGUCGCCAUAUUCGGAGUCUCAAAGGUAUUACUACCCGGGGAGUUAUUUCCAAAGAGUCCGAUUCAAGUUGAGAAACCUGGUGGCGGAGGGAGUGCCGUUUUAGGCAGCGUUGCUGAGGUGCCGGAAGUUUCUGUUUCGCCGGAAAAUCCUCCCGGUCUGUACGUUCCGACAAGCGAUUUAACAUCACCGUCAGGAUUUGUGAAGAACCUCUCGUCGGCGGCUAGCAGACAAAGGAGUAGUCAGGAAAUUAUUGGGUUUUUGGUGUGUAGUGUUUCACCUACUAUUGUAUGGAUAAUUAUUACUCUGUGUAUUUAUCAUUGGUAGACGACUAGUCCAUUGUUCCGUAUCAGUUAGUGUGUCCUAUUUUUCUAAUUUCUACAUAGUUCACCCAAAAAAAACCACGUUUUCCCAAUUACAAAUUUAUGAGAAUAUACACCCGGGUGGAGUCAGGAGAGGCUAGCUGUGGUCACGGUCCCUGCAAGAAAAAAAUUGUGAUGUAUAUAUAUGUAUAAAUAUUUAUAAGUAGUAAAAAAUAUAGCGAAAAUUUAAGUUUUUG